ACCACCUGCUGCUUGCUGCGCACAAUCCCAAACAAUCAGGCAACCUGCUCAACGAGCCAUGGAAUUCGCGACAGGAGCACUGGGCACUCUGCUUCCAAAGCUCGGCCAGCUGCUCCAGGAUGAGUACAACCUGCAGAAGGGAGCCAAGAAGAACAUCGAGUUCCUCACAAGGGAGCUCCGGAGCAUUCAAGCUGCCCUCCGCAGUGUCGGGGAGCUGCCACCGGAGCAGGUCGGCGAGCUGGUCAAGAUCUGGGCCUGCGAUGCUCGGGAGCUAUCCUACGACAUGGAGGACAUCGUGGACACCUUCUUGGUGCGUGUCCAGGGCCCUGAACCCCCAAGCAAAAAGAGCUCCAAAAAGUUCUUUAAGAAGAUGAGGGAUAUUGUCAACAAGGCUAAGACUCGUCACGAGAUCGGCCAAGAUAUCAUGGACAUCAAGGAGCGUGUCAAGGAGGUGGCCGAGCGACAUGAAAGGUACAAGGUCGAUACUAUUACACCUGCCAAAACCUCCGUUGAUCCUCGCAUAACAUCUCUGUACACUAAGACGGCUGACCUUGUCGGCAUUGAUGAGGCAAGGGAAGAACUAAUCACAAUGAUGACAAAAGGAGAUGACAUGUCCACACAACAAAGGAUAGUUUCUGUUGUUGGAUUUGGAGGAUUAGGCAAGACAACGCUUGCCAAAGCAGCGUAUGAGAAGCUUAAGGGGCAAUUUGAUUGCACGGCCUUUGUUCCGGUUGGUCGGAAUCCCGAUUUAAAGAAGGUUUUUAAGGAUAUAUCAAUCGAUCUUAAUAUACAUUUCAAUGUAGAAAUAUUGGAUGAAAGACAACUCAUCGACAAACUCCGAGAAUUCUUGGAAAACAAGAUGUACUUCAUUGUUAUUGACGACAUAUGGAAGACACAAUCUUGGGAAAUAAUCAAAUUGGCCCUUGUGGAGAACAACAAUGUAAGUAGAGUAAUCAUAACUACUCGUACACAUGAAGUUGCCAAAGAAGCUGGUGAGGUUUACAAGCUACAACCAUUGUCAAAUGAGAACUCUAGGAAGUUAUUCUUUGCAAGGAUAUUUGGUGGUGAGAGCAAAAUUUCUGAUACUCAACCAAAUGAUGAGGUGUUGGCUUCUUUUGGAUCACACAGUGCACGGAUCGAGUGGUGUUCUUUCACCUUUCACAUGAGUUACAACAAAAGAUCCUAGACCUAGUACAUGAACAAAGAGAACAAAAGAGAUAAAGAUGAUGGACCCUUGCUGCUGUCCCUUGAACUGUAGCCGGCCAUCUCCGGUUCGGUGAUGGAGAUCCGCACUAGGGCGGCGACGAGCGACGCAGAGACGUCCCGGGCGUAGCGGCAUAGUCGAGGACGAUAGCAGCGUCGCCGGUGGACAAGCGUCGCGGGUCAGGGGCGUCGGUGAUGGCGUGGUGGCGCUUCCCGCCGCUGCAGCCGACCCUCUCUGAUCGGGUUAGGGUUUUGAGGUGGGAAACAGUGGCGGCGGCGAACCUUGUAUUCUAAGCCGUCAGUCCCCACCUCUUCUUUAUAGGGCUGCGCGACGGGGGCCCACCAACCUCGUCUUGGGCUGGGCCCCCGAUCAGGACGCGAGGUCAAGGGAUCAGUUGGCCGUUGGGCCAACUGGUGGAGAUCAAUUCCAACAUUCUCCCCCUUGAUCUCCUCUUAUACUUUCACCUUUAUAUCUUUUACUUCCUUUCAUAUUUCAUCACAGAUUAAUGCAUAGAGCAGUUUCAUUGUCACGGUCGGUUGCCGAUAGAUUCAACAGCUACAAUACAUGUCUCUGUUCUGAAAUAGAUACUUUAACUUUGGGGCCCUUUAUUGUCCGAAAAAUAUAGGCUAUACCAUAAACCCAUGUCGACCGUGUGUUCUUUGUACACACUGGGCGCCAAGCCUUUAAUAAGUGGAUCCACAAACACAUGUCUGUCAUUCUUUUACUCAACACAUUUCAACAUAAUUC